CCAAUACUUGCAGCGGCGGUAGUUAAUGGCCGGCACCUUGUAGUAGAGCUCGUCAGUCAUGAUGAAUGUUCCUUGAUGCUCAUCGCAGCACCUGUCACAAAGUCUGUCUCUUUGCUGGUCCCAGGAGCAUUUCCCUACCCACUGCCCGCGUUUUGCGGACUUUGCAGGGUACUGAACCAAACCCCAGACUCGACUCAGCCCCAAUUUACUCCGCUCUUCGAAACGAGGACUCGAGUGUGUCAUCUAUAUAGAUAUAGAUACCCCGGAGACAAACAUAUUAGAGUGCUGCAGGUCGAACGUCAAACCGAGAACUCCAAAGUCUCCUACAAUCUCUCGCUGGGUUCUCUACGAUGGCGGAUCCUGCUCUUGACAUCCCAAGCGAAAUGCUUGCGGUCCAGGUCGUCAGGUACAACAAACCUUUGGCCAUCCACAAGAUACCGACACCCUCUGUAUCCAAGCUGGGACCUUACGAUCUGCUGCUCCGUACGGCGGUGGCAUCCUUGUGCCAUACCGACCUCAUGGUCCAUGCUGGCAUAUUUCCAGGCCCUUUACCGCUCACCAUGUCGCACGAGGGCACCGGCGUCGUGGUCGCCAAGGGAGACGCGGUAAAGGACUACCAACUGGGCGACCGUGUCCUCUCUGGCCUUCCUUUUCACCAAUGUGGGAAGUGUGAGCAUUGCAACCCAUCCGAUGGCCAGGAUUGGGCUCAGUACUGCCAAGCUGCAGAGGGCGCAACGGGCAUCAAGUCCGAUGGCGCUUUUGCCGAAUACCACGUCGUGGAUGCCAGAGCGAGCUGCAAGAUCCCUGACAAUGUAAGUUUUGUCACUGCCGCACCGCUAGCAUGUGCUGGGGUCACGGUGUACCGAGCCAUUCUGGUCAGCGGCGUCAAAGAAGGCGGGUGGAUGGCGCUUGUUGGGGCUGGAGGUGGACUGGGGCAUUUUGGUAUCCAGUUUGCCAAAGCCAAGGGCAUCAACGUCAUCGCAAUAGAGGCUCGAGAAGAAGGGUUGGAGGUGGCGAAGAAGGCAGGCGCAGAGCAUCUGCUGGACGCACGCGAGGGUAAAGACAAGAUUGUGGAAAAAGUGCAAGCUCUGACGGGUGGCAAGGGCGUAGAGGCCACUGUCAAUGUGAGCGACCACUCUUCCACCGCGGCUCUCUCUGCUGCAAUCACACGCAUGCAUGGCACAGUGGUUCAGGCGGCACAGCCUCAGGAGGUCAGCGUGCCUUUCAUGGACAUUGUACUGCGCGAUAUCACAAUCAAGGGCACAAUGUUGGGGGGCCGCGGCGUGACUCAGGAGAUGUUAGAGGUGGCUUCCAAGCACGGCGUCACAGCCGAGACUCAAGUGUUUUAUGGUCUGGAAGAGGUUCCCAAGAUGAUUGAGCUGUCUGAGUCGGGCCGUCUCAAAGGCAAGGCAGUUUGUGUUGUAGAUAAAAAGAUUGCAGGCAUGACAUGA